UGGAAAAGGCCAGGGAAAAGUGUGUAGUGUGUAGGACAGGCCUGCUGAUUAGGCCUGGAUACUGAAAUGUAAAUAUUGUGACUUGCAACAUUAUCAUUGCAAUAUCAUUAUUGGCUAUAUUACUCUUGAAUGGGCUUGGAACAUUUUAGCUAGCUCAUCUAUUUCAGAAACAUUGCAGAGUGAAACAUGGGCAAAGAUGAUGAAGCUAAAGGGUCUGCAUCAAAAGCAGAUCUAAUGGAGGAACAUGUACGGCUGGUCAAGAAAGAAAAAGAUAUGCAACAGAAAAGUCAAGAAGUGAAUGCUAUAUUUUUGAAAUUGGACCAAGCCUAUAAAACAUCCAAAGGAACAUUUUCCAUUCAGCGAUAUGGUCAGCUAAAAGACAUGAUCAAAGAGGCCACAAGUGAAAGCAGCCUGCAAAGUUUACAGCAAGUGUUGCAUGAUGGGGCCGGAGAAGCUGCAGGAAGAUCAGGUCUGGCAUCUUUACUACACAAGGCCAAAGAGUUCUCUGGAGAAUCUCAGAAGCAAACAAAAUCUGAGCCAGAAAAAGCUACAGGAAAGACUUCUUUUAUGAAAAAACUGAAAAACUUGACUGGAUUUUCCAAUGAUCCCAUUACAGAUGAAGAUGUCAUGACUGCUGAUGAGCUGAUGAGAGAUAAUGGAAGGAAGAAACGUUCCAUCCAGCAGUUGACCAAUCAGCUUUCUCAGUGUUUAUCAAAGCUAGAAAAACUAAAGCAUGACUAUGAAGCUUCAAAAUCACACGCCCCACCUAAACGUUAUCAGGACUUAAAAGAGAUGAUCAAGCUAGCAACUGAUGCCAAAUAGCCAACACUAGUUUAUCCUAAAAGGGUAUGGGAAUUUUUACUAAUGUGCACAGUGAGAAUCACGAUUUUUCACCUUAAUUUUUUAAUGACAUAAUGCUCACUAUUAUUGUACAGAUUUUUUCAGAAAGGGUGCAAUGUAUUAUUUUAAAUAAGUAAAUCUUCAUUCACAAGGUGCUGUUGGUAUACAGUGUUUAACACAUUUUACUAAAUUAAGCAGUUACAUCAAGUGUUCAUAUUGAUAUAGUUACAACCAUAUUUUAAUAUUAUGAUUAUUGACCUUAUAAAAUUUAAUCAUAAUGGCAAAUAUUAUAUGCAUGUUCGUAAAUUAAAUUAUAUUCAUUAUUGUGUAUUCAAAAGUCAAUAUGUAAGCAAUGGGGCCUUUUAUUGUGCAGUAUAUGAGUAAGUGAAGUUUUUUUUGUUUGUUGGGAAUAGCUGAUGGCUUAUUUUCUUAACAAUGUGGGGAUAGUCUUUUCUGUCAGAAAUGAAUUAAAACACUUGGGUGCUGUAGCCAGUGGUUGUGUGGAAUGAAACAUGGGUUGUAGUGUUGUAACUGACAUUCUGCUCUAUGACCCUUGGGUACUGUAGCCAGUGGUUGUGUUGAAUGAAACAGGGGUUGUAGUGUUGUAACUGACAUUCUGCUCUAUGACCCUUGGGUACUGUAGCCAGUGGUUGUGUUGAAUGAAACAGGGGUUGUAGUGUUGUAACUGACAUUCUGCUCUAUGACCCUUGGGUACUGUAGCCAGUGGUUGUGUUGGAUGAAACAGGGGUUGUAGUGCUGUAACUGACAUUCGGCUCUAUGACCCUGGGUACUGUAGCCUGUGGUUGUGUUGAAUGAAACAGGGGUUGUAGUGUUGUAACUGACUUUCUGCUCUAUGACCCUUGCCAGAAUAUAGGUAGCAGCCUUGUUAGCUGGAGUAUCAUUUUAUGUCUAGUCAUGCAUUGUGUAAAAGUGAAAAGAUUGCUCUGUAGGCUGUCUUCAGUAAAAUUUGAUUCAUUGGUGACAAAUCUUUAUAUUUUUUGUAAGCUUUUAUUGAACAGGACAUACAUGUGUUCUCAUCUAGAUUUAUUCUGAUUUAAAAUAAGAUAUUUUUAGCUGCUGUUUUUACGUGCCUUUCUCUUUAAGAUUUUAAAAUGAAAUUUGACAAUGUGCCUUAUUGGCAUCUUGUGUUGGUUGUUUCCCAUAUACUGGAAAUAUUUAAUGACAUACAUUGUGUUAUUUGUGAUAAUUAUCAUUAAAAAUAUUCUUGUAUAAA